GAAUUUCCGAACCGACCGCAAGUCCUCGUGCAGUACAAAGGCACUCUGCAACUCCAGCGCCAUCUUGACCUCUGUAACUCGGAAUCUGCAACAUCAUCAUCACCACCGUCACCAUCACCGAAUCUACCCGUCCCAAAAUACCGGACUCGAACUCUGCUCACUCGAAUGUGCAACCCAAGCUCCGCCCAUGGCUCGCUCGGCUGCAUUAUAUAUAGCAGGAACUUUGGCAAGAGAUCCAUCAUCUCAACUUCGAUUCUCCACGAGCAGCUCCGCUUGUGAAGGCUCGAAGGUGCCUUGAGAUGCAAUAUGGGCCCCCAACUUUUCUCUAUAAUUCCGAUCUAGACGUCCAUGAUUUGUACCGAGCCGAAUCAAUUGUCGUCGGUAAUUAGGCUGGACUUCCGCGUCCGAGCGUUGCAAGCUGCGUGACAGAGCUUGAGAGUGGAGGCCGAAGCGGUUGGACAAGAUGGCGGGCUGCGUGGACGGUGAUCUGAGCGUCCUGACGGGGCUGCUGGCGGCAUCGGGGCUCAACAAUGCGAGCUCGAGCCAAGUGGGCGAGCUGCUGUGCUCGAAAUUCGACGGAGUGUCGGCCACCCUGUCGAGCCACACGCUGGCCGUGGACAGCAUCUACCUGCUGUUCUCCACGUACCUGGUCUUCUCCAUGCAGAUCGGGUUCGCCAUGCUGUGCGCGGGGUCCGUGCGGGCCAAGAACACCAUGAACAUCAUGAUGACGAACGUCCUGGACGCUGCAGCGGGCGGAAUCUCCUUCUACCUCUUCGGCUUCGGCUUCGCCUUCGGCCGCAGCGCGCAGAGCAAUCGAUUCAUCGGCAGCAACUUCUACGCGCUCAAGGACAUGCCGAGCGAGGUCAAUGGCUUCGAUUACAGCUUCUUCCUGUUCCAGUGGUCGUUCGCCAUCGCUGCGGCCGGAAUCACCAGCGGCUCCAUCGCCGAGCGCACGCAGUUCGUCGCCUACCUCGUCUACUCGUCGUUCCUCACGGGCUUCGUGUACCCGAUCGUCGCGCACUGGGUCUGGUCGGUCGACGGAUGGCUGGGGGCCGCAGCCACGAGCCGCCUGUUCGGAGUGGGAGCCAUAGAUUUUGCGGGGAGUGGCGUCGUGCACAUGGUGGGAGGCAUCGCUGGGCUCUGGGGAGCGUACAUCGAAGGUCCGAGGUUGGGCAAGUACACCAGGGAUGGCAAGCCCGGCAUGGACAUGAAGGGACACAACGCGUCGCUCGUGGUGCUGGGCAGCUUUCUGCUCUGGUUCGGAUGGUUCGGAUUCAACCCCGGCUCGUACGUGAAAAUCGUCGUCCCCUACGAAGGCUCCAGCUUCGAGGGCAACUGGAGUGGAGUCGGCAGGACUGGAGUCACCACCACUCUCGCGGGCUGUGCUGCAGCUCUGACCACUUUGUUCGCUCGCAGGUGGUUCACUGGGCACUGGAAUGUGACGGAUGUCUGCAACGGAUUGCUGGGCGGGUUCGCGGCCAUCACUGCAGGAUGUGCAGUGGUGGAGCCCUGGGCUGCGAUCAUCUGCGGGUUCGGAGCGGCUUGGGUUCUGAUGGGGUUCAAUUACCUCGCGAACAAGGCCAAGUACGACGAUCCUCUGGAGGCUGCGCAGCUGCAUGGGGGCUGCGGUGCCUGGGGCCUGCUCUUCACUGGCCUCUUCGCUCGGGAGAAGUACGUGCUCGAGGGUUAUGGUCCCGGGCGUGGACACGGCCUCUUCAUGGGAGGGGGAGGCAGGCUUCUGGCGGCCCAGCUCGUGGAAAUUCUCGUUGUCAUGGGGUGGGUCACUGUCACCAUGGUCCCUUGUUUCUGGUUUCUGAACAAGAGUAGCCUGCUCAGAAUCUCUCCAGAAGACGAAAUGGAGGGUAUGGAUCUCACCAGCCAUGGAGGCCAGGCGUAUUACAUCGACGAGUCUCCACUCGGGCCUCCCCAAUCUUUUGCUAAAACUCAAACCCCUGAAGGUUCCAAACAUGGCUUUGAGAACUAGAAUCGGAUGAUUCUAGUUCUCAACAUGUCAGAAGUUUGUUAAUCUUCUCGACACAUUUUAUGAGAUCUUAGUUGAGUACUAGUCCUCUAGUACCCGCCAGGUUUCUUCUCCAUUCUACGAAGCUAUCUGCUUAUGGUGGUUACUUCAUUUUCAAAGCUAGCUAGAAAAUGUCGGAAAUUUAUGACAUAUCCCCUUAAAUCUGAAUGGUUAAUUCUUUUGCUUCUUAACCAUAGUUAGCUCAACCUUGAUUAGUAUAGCUAGGUAUGUUAUCUAGUACCUCGGGGGUAUAUGUAGUUAAGGAGUACAAUAACUGGCAGAGCCAUAGUUAGCUCAACCAUGAUUAGGUUAGAUGGGUUUUGUAUCUAGUACCUGGGGGCUAUGUAUAGUUGAGAACGA